AUGGCCUUGGAUCAGCCCUGCCCGCUUGCAGCCAUGCCUGUCGACAAAGGCCCUGCCUACGAGGACGAGCACGUCCACCAGGUCUACGAGCAGAUCGCGAGCCACUUCUCCGAGACCCGCUACAAGCCAUGGCCCAUCGUCGAGCGCUUCCUGAACGGCCUCCCUGCAGGCGCCGUCGGCCUUGACAUUGGUUGCGGAAAUGGCAAGUACCUUGCCGUCAAUCCCAACGUCUACAUUGUCGCUUCCGACCGAUCCACCAACCUCGCCAAGAUAGCCGCGAGACACCAGCCACACAGUGCCCUUGUCGCCGACACCUUAAGCCUACCUCAUCCUCCCGCUGCCUUCGACUUCGCCAUCUCCAUCGCAGUCAUCCAUCACCUUUCGACUCCCGAGCGACGCGUUGAAGCAACUAGAGCCAUAUUGGACCAUCUGAAACCCGAGGGGACGGCAUUGGUGUAUGUCUGGGCGCUCGAGCAGAAGGACAGCCGAAGGGGUUGGGAUGAAGGUCACGAGCAGGAUGUCAUGGUGCCCUGGGUCAUGAACAAGAAUCAGCCAAAGAAAACAAAGAAGAAGGAUGCCGCGCCGGAGGAGCCGACGGAUGCCGCACCGACCGAAGGUCCAAAAACGUUCCACCGAUAUUACCAUCUCUACCGGAAAGGCGAAUUAGAGCACGACAUUGAGCUGGCCGGAGGGGAGGUCGUCGAAGCUGGGUAUGAGAAAGACAAUUGGUGGGCCAUCAUGAAGCCCAAGGCUUAA